GAUCGGGAAUGGAUGGACUGAAAUUACGGUGCAUUUAUAAACCGAACCGGAAUUUUGCUCUCAUUCUGAUUUGAGAAAGACCUGCAAUCUGCCCCGUCGUCUUCGUACACAACUCCGCUAACGGUCAGCUCUUCAAUUGUAGAAAUCGCCGAGAAUCGCAACUAACAAUGCCCAGCGUAAAACCGACAGGCGCUCUGCUUACGCAGUUGCGCUCCCUAAUGAAAGAAUGCAAAUAUUACAAGAGACCCCUGAACGCCUACAUCAUCCCUUCGGCGGACGCGCACAACAGCGAGUACCCCGCAGACAACGAUAAGAGACGGUCGUACAUAUCCGGAUUUGAGGGAUCUGCAGGAACCGCGAUCGUUACCCUCGAUCACGCACUGAUGUGGACCGACGGCCGCUAUUUCCUGCAGGCAUCGCAAGAGAUGGACUCAAAUUGGACGUUAAUGAAAGAGGGCGUUCCUUCAACACCGAGCCAAGAAUUAUGGCUGACGAAAAACUUACCCCCCAACUCGUGCGUCGGAGUCGACCCGAACGUAAUAUCGCACUCCAACUGGACGACCUGUCAGCAACAGCUGCAAACUGUCGGCUUUGAUCUAGUAGCCGUAGAACCAAAUCUGAUAGACUUAGUGUGGACCGAUAAAAAGGCACCCGUUAAUAAUCCAAUUGUGCCGCUCGAGCUGAAGUUUGCCGGCAAAUCGAUCAGUCAAAAGUUGAAGGAGAUUCGUGCACAAAUGAAGGACUCGAACGCGAGCAUUUUAGUGCUGACUGCCUUGGACGAUGUGGCUUGGUUUUUGAAUUUGAGAGGUAGCGACGUGGAGUAUAAUCCGGUAUUUUUCGCUUUCGUUAUUAUUUUGCCGGAUUCGGUCGUUCUGUUGGUGGAUUCGUCGAAGGUUACACCGGCAGUCCAGGCACACUUCGCCGCCGAAACCGACCUCAAUAUUAAGAUAGAGCCAUAUAUGAAAGUGAAGGAAGUUUUAAAGCAAUCGAUAGCGAAGGUGUCCGAAGGAUUUGUGUGGUUGUCAACCGAUGCCUGCUACGCGUUGACUAGCAUUGUCCCAGAGAAGAGGCUUAAAACUGAGGUUACUCCGGCAACUUUAAUGAAAGCGGUUAAAAACCCGGUGGAAAUACAGGGAAUGAAAAAUGCCCACAUCAAGGAUGCCGUAGCUCUUUGUUGCUACUUCUCCUGGUUAGAGAAGGCGAUACACACUGAGAAGGUAACCGAAAUUUCCGGUGCAAACAAGUUGGAGAAAUUCCGGGAGCAGCAGGCGGAUCACGUCGGUCCCAGCUUUUGCACAAUCAGCUCCGUAGGCCCACACGGCGCCAUUAUACAUUACCAACCGCAUUCGAGCACCGAUUCCCAGAUCACCGCUAACGAAUUGUACUUGUGCGACUCCGGUGCCCAAUAUAAGGACGGCACAACGGACGUGACCAGAACUGUGCAUUUCGGCACACCGUCAGAAUUCGAAAAGGAAUGCUUCACGCGCGUGCUUAAAGGCCAACUGCGACUAGGUAGAGUGGUAUUUCCCUCCAAAAUUAAGGGCAACUGCUUGGACUCGUUCGCCCGCCAGUACCUGUGGGACGUCGGAUUGGACUACGCCCACGGAACGGGCCACGGCAUCGGCUCGUACCUUAAUGUACACGAAGGACCCAUGGGCAUGUCGUGGAGGAACUACCCGAACGACCCCGGUCUAGAAGCCGACAUGUUUCUUUCCAACGAGCCCGGUUAUUACGAGGACGGCAAGUUCGGAAUCCGCAUCGAGGAUAUCGUUCACGUUACUCACGCGAACUCCCCGCACAAUUUUAAUAAUCGCGGAUUUUUAACUUUCGAUACCAUCACCUUGUUCCCGAAACAAUUGAAAUUGAUCAAGGUGGAUAUGCUAACGGCCCAAGAAAUUUCGCAGUUGAACGCGUACCAUCAGGUUUGUCGUGACGUGAUCGGUCCUCUUCUAAGCAAACAGGGUUUGGAUGAUGUCAAGAGUUGGCUGUGGAAGGAAACCGAACCUAUUCGUGUUUAAUUUAAUUUUGCUAGCGCUAAGAUGAAAAAUUGUUGCGAGAAGGUUUAAUUUUGAUACAUGUAUAAUCUUAUUUGAAUUUUAUAAAUAAAAGCAAUGCUAUCGGGAAA